CAACCUCAAUACCCUCGUUCCUAGCGAUAAAUUUCCCUCCACAACAUAUCGGACUGGGGGUUCGGAAUUCCUUCUCCACCGCAAGACCUCCGAUACCGUCUGGCUUUACCGGCCCCGAAGAACUUGCUUUCUAUCGUGUGUUUUUCCCCCCCGUUUCCCCUUCUUUUUACGCCUUUCUUUGUUCGCGAUGCGCUUGGCCGCGUCAUCGCUUUUGCUGGGAGCUGCAGCUUCGCUGCUCUCCUCAGCUACCGCCCUCGCCGUUCGCUCGGAUAACCCAGGAUCUUCAGCGGGUUAUUUUGUCAGGUCUCUGCCCGGGCAACCUCCGGGGCCAUUGAUUAAGAUGCAUGCUGGACAUAUCGAGGUCGAUCAUGCUACGAAUGGAAAUCUAUUUUUUUGGCACUUUCAGAACAAACAUAUUGCGAAUCGACAGCGUACUGUGAUAUGGCUGAACGGUGGGCCUGGGUGCAGUAGUAUGGAUGGAGCUUUGAUGGAAGUUGGCCCGUACAGGUUGAAGGAUGACCAUACUCUUGCGGAAAACGAGGGGAGCUGGCAUGAAUUUGCGAACCUUCUUUUUGUUGAUCAACCGGUCGGGACGGGAUUUAGUUAUGUCAAUACCGAUAGCUAUUUGACGGAGUUAACGCAGAUGUCCGAUCACUUCAUCAAGUUCUUGACAAAGUUUUUUGAGCUUUUCCCGGAGUAUGAGAGCGAUGACAUUUAUCUUUCUGGGGAGUCUUAUGCGGGGCAGCAUAUUCCCUACAUAGCGGAUGCUAUCCUCAAGCGAAAUGCCGAUGCUAGUAUCAAAUGGAAUGUUAAAGGUCUCCUCAUCGGCAACGGGUGGAUUGAUCCAUCUAAUCAAUAUCUCUCCUAUCUUCCAUUUGCCUACGAAAGUGGUAUUGUGGAGAAGGGAUCGCCGAUUGCCGACCAAAUUGAAAAACAAGUUGCUGUCUGUGUCAAGACAAUUGCCGAGAAGGGCAGACAUCACGUUGAUCUCAACCAGUGCGAACAGAUAUUACAAGAUAUCUUGGCGAAGACUAAGCACCACAAGGAUGGAAAGGAGGUAUGCUGGAACAUGUACGAUGUGCGCCUAGAAGACACGUACCCUUCAUGCGGCAUGAACUGGCCUCCAGAUUUGUCCAGCUUAACCCCUUACCUCCGGAGGAAGGACGUUUUGCAGGCUCUCCAUGUCAACCCUGAUAAGACUGCUGGGUGGACUGAAUGUGCUGGUGCUGUUUCUUCUUCUUUCCGUGCCCUUAAGUCGAAGCCAUCUGUGGAGUUGCUACCAGACUUGUUGAAAGAGAUGCCUAUAUUGUUGUUCUCGGGUAAUAAAGAUCUUAUUUGCAACCACAUUGGGACGGAAGAGCUGAUCCACAACAUGGAAUGGAAUGGUGGAAAGGGAUUUGAGCUUGAUGGGGCUCCGGGAACGUGGGCGCCUCGGGAAGAUUGGGUAUUUGAAGACGAGCCAGCUGGAAUAUAUCAGAGUGCAAGAAACUUGACUUACGUUCUUAUCUACAACUCGAGUCAUAUGGUCCCUUUUGACUUUUCUAGGAGAACGCGGGAUAUGCUCGACCGAUUCAUGGAGGUUGAUAUCGGCAAAAUUGGGGGCACCCCAGCCGACAGUGUAAUUGGCGGCGAGAAGGCACCAAUUACGAGUGUUGGUGGAACGCCCAACUCGACUGCCGCAGUUGAGAAAGAGAAGGAAAGAGUUGACCAGGCUAGGUGGGCAGCUUAUUACCGGUCUGGGGAAGUUGCGUUAGUCCUUGUUGCCAGCGCGGCGGCUAUAUGGGGGAUUUUCAUCUGGAGGCAGCGUCAUCGAAGGAGGGGUCGUCGGGGGUCUUACGCCGGAUUGGGUGGGUUGAAAAUGACCGGAGGAAGUCGGGAUAGAUUGGCAGACGGAAGGGAGAGCUUUGAUGAGGAUGAGCUCAGGGAUCUAACUGUUGCAAGCCCGAUGUUUGAAAGAGAUCGGGAUCUUGAGGCAGCCGAGGCCAGAAGGUAUAGUCUUGGCGGGGUCAGCGAUGAUGAAUCAGACGAUGAAGGAAGGAUUGAGAAAAGACCCAGUGUAGGGUGAGCCCGAGAAUUUGAAGUGGUUUCAGCAUCUUUUUUGCUCCCCUCACCACUUGCGUUAAUUUUCAUUACAUUUGUAUGGAGGGGAAUUGACUUUCGGAGACUUCAAGAAUAUCAAGUCGGAUUUAAUAGGCGGAUUUCGGGCCAAGUUGAGGCGUGUGUGUAUAUAUACGGGGUUGGGGUCUCUGUUUUCUUUUGUUCGAGCAUGUAAAAUGGUUCACGGCACUUUUCUACAGUUCGGGAUAACAAAAAACAUGAUAGACGUUCUA